AACUAGUUUAAAAGUCGUAUCGUACGUUCGACUACAACGAUGAGUAGUGUGUGGACUGGAGGCAGCUAACGGUCCAAAAACAACAUACGUGAUACGUACUCCCCUCACUCUCUCUCUCUCCUAACCAAUUCUUCUCCACACGCGCGCGGGAGAAGGUUAGAGUGAGAGAGAAGGCUGGCUGGCUGGCUGGCAUAUAUAGCAGCACUACCAGUAAUAAUUCAGAGCUAACCAACCUCGUUCGUUCCAAUCAUGGACGAAAGAGGAUUGGUGUGGAGGAGUAGCAGCAACGUCGGCGGCGUGACGGCGGUGGAGCGGCCGCGCGCGUCGACCCCAAACUGCCCGCGGUGCGGGUCGUCGAACACCAAGUUCUGCUACUACAACAACUACAGCCUGAGCCAGCCCCGCUUCUUCUGCAAGUCCUGCCGCCGCUACUGGACCAAAGGCGGCUCCCUCCGCAACGUCCCCGUCGGCGGCGCCUCCCGCAAGUCCCGCAACCACCGCACCAUCCGAUCCUCCUCCCUCCCACCGCCGCCGCCAUCCUACCACCACCACCUUCACAACAACAACAACAUUAUCAACACUACCAAGCCGUCAUUGUCUCACGGCAGUGGGUCCCACAUCGACCUCGCCGUCGUCUACGCCAACUUCCUCAACACUACUAGUAGUAGUAAUCCCCAGCUUCAUCAUCAGCUGCCGCCGCCGCCGGCGUUGGUUCAUGGUAACGUGGAUCCGGCCGGUGAGGAUCAAGAUCCGAUGAUGAUGAUGCAGUACUACUGUCAGCCGGAGGGCUGCGGCGGGCUUGAUGAUGCUUGGACGGCAAGCAACGACCACGAAGGGCGGCUUCCGCUACUUCCGCCUGCAGGAGAUCAAGGAAUCAGCUUGUUCCACGUGUCAUCGUCGUCGAAUCCACAUCAUCAAGAAAAGCAGCUGCCUCCGCCUGAUCAUGGUUACAGUGAUCUAAUGAUGAUGUUUGGGAACUCAGCGUGGAGCAGCUUUGAGAUUUCCGCUGCGGCUGAUUUGAAUUUACGGUGAGUUGAGCACUAGUACCGAUCGAGGGAUUUUCUUUUGCAUUUUGUAUUUUUAUGUGUACAAUCUCUCGACUUAUUAUAACGGUUUCUUUUGGAUUUUGCUGGCUAUGUUAUUUUGUAAUAUAAAUAUACUGUUUAAUUAAUCCACAUUGUAUUGUGUAUACAGAGAAUGGCUAUGGUCAUCUUAAAUAAAGGUAGAAUUUGGAA